GCCAAAUCCACCCUUUUUGGUUGGCCCUUUGGGCCGGUUGCAACGACCUCAACUCACCGGGAUGAGUUCUACAAUGUAAUUCUGAGCAUUCCUGGUUUUAUAAGCCUUCACCGGACUCGGGCCUCGUCAGCGCCGAGAAAACCACUCAAUGGAUAUUCCUGCGGAACCUACCUGAAUUCACCUAGCCCUUCCUCGCCCUUCUCCGACUGGGCCACCGAACCAUUCCUGUGAUGCCGAACGAUAUCUACCAGGCGGACCCUCCGCACCGGCCAUCGGAGACGGAGACGGAGGUCCGGGGGCAGCAGCACCGCCGGCAGGUAUCCAAUAAUGCCGGGCCGUUACCCCCGCUGACUGCCAACGCUCGUCCGCGCACCGCGACUGACAAGGCUGAAAUUGACGAAACACUCAGCCACCCCGGCUCGGUCCGGAUCAACGUCAAGGGCGCAUUCAUCGUCGACCAGGACACCACAACACCCACGACCCCGGAUGGCACCCGCAGUGGAUCACCCGGCCGCCAUGAGACCAAGGACAUCCGGCUGCCAAACCACACGGCUGUUGUGAGCCAUAUCGCGGUUGAUAUUGGCGGCUCCCUUGCCAAGCUAGUCUACUUCUCGCGAGAGGCGCAUACCGACGAGCCUGGUGGACGCCUCAACUUUAUCAGCUUCGAGACGGACCGCAUUGACGACUGCCUCGAGUUUAUGCGCACCCUCAAGGAUAAGCACCUACAGCUGAACGGAAACCGCAAUGGCUCGUCCAACCAGCCGGCCAGCGAACUGUGCGUUAUGGCGACGGGAGGAGGGGCGUACAAAUUCUACGACAAGAUUCGCGAGGUGCUCGGGGUCGACGUGUUGAGGGAAGACGAAAUGGAGUGCCUGAUCAUCGGUCUCGAUUUCUUCAUCACCGAGAUUCCCCGCGAGGUCUUCACCUAUUCCGAGACGAACCCCAUGCACUUCGUCGAGCCGUCCGAAAACGUCUAUCCGUACCUGCUUGUUAACAUCGGCUCAGGCGUGUCCUUCCUCAAGGUAUCAGGUCCUCGGAAGUACGAGCGCGUGGGUGGCACCUCGCUAGGGGGCGGUACUCUGUGGGGCCUGCUGAGUCUGCUCACCGGGGCGCGCACAUUCGACGAAAUGCUGCAGCUUGCCUCGCGUGGGGAUAACUCCAAGGUCGACAUGCUUGUGGGCGACAUCUACGGCACCGACUACGGCAAGAUCGGGCUGAAGAGCACGACCAUUGCGAGUUCGUUCGGUAAAGUCUUCCGAAAGAAGCGCCAAGCCGAACAAGAAGCAGAAGACAGCGGCGGGCAGCGGCACAAGGACUACCAGGUCCCUGAUCAGCAACCUUCACAUCAACAACCAGAUCACCAGCUACUGCACUGCGCAAACCCACCGCAUGAUGAUACCUCUGCGCAAGAGCUGGGAGUUCCCCCAACCCACGACGAAUCCCGACCCUUCACUGCCGCCGACAUCUCCGUCUCCCUCCUGUACGCCAUUUCCAACAACAUCGGCCAGAUCGCUUUCUUGCAGUCGCAAAUCCACGGGCUGUCUCACAUCUACUUCGGCGGCUCCUUUAUUCGGGGCCACCCACAGACCAUGAACACGCUCAGCUACGCCAUCAAGUUUUGGUCCAAGGGCGCUAAGCAGGCCUACUUCCUCCGCCACGAGGGGUACCUCGGCGCAGUGGGUGCCUUCCUCAAGAGACAGCCCAAGAACUGGGGCCGGAGGGGCAGUUUUGACGAGGCGGUGGCGGGCGUUAGGAUGGGCUUGAGGCUGAGGGCCAGGACUACCGUGAGGGAUCCGAAAGAGGAGAGUGCAGCUGCUGAGUGAAUCGGUUGGCUGUGACAUGAGGACUCCUGUUGAUUUCGGGCCGCCUGUUCACCUUGGGUUUUUGUUUGGAUGCGAUCUAUUCUCGAUACCUUUGGGCCGCCUUUAUUAAACGUGCAUGGCGUGUAAUCUGAGUACUUCUUUAGUAGCGGCUGUUGAGCGGCCCGGCAAUUGCUGCCCUGUGUUGCGUUAACAGCGACAGUUCAUACGAUAUAGCGGUAUAGACAGCAUUAAUAGACAUGAUC